AUGCGGCUGCUGAGAGGCGGGCUGGGCUUCCUGCUGCGGUCGGCGGGGGGCCGCGGGGGGCCCGAGCGGCCCGUCUACCGGCAGGGCCAGAGCCCCUCGCCCCGCACCCGCGAGUACUUCUACUACGUCGACCACCAGGGGCAGCUUUUCCUGGAUGAUGCCAAGGUCAAGAACUUCAUCACCUGCUUCAAAGAUAAGCAGUUCCUGGCGUUCUUCUUCAAGCAACUCAAGGUGAACCAGAGCGGGCGCUACGAGGAUGCCUUCCCCUUCCUCUCUCCCUGCGGCCCAGAGCACAACUACGUCCGCUGCGAUGACCGGCCCAUCGUCUUCACCCACCUCUUGCCGGGCGCCUCCGGCGAGGAGCUCCUGUCGUACUGCGGUGGGGCGGACAGACUGACUGUGCCCUUCCAGCCCGAGAAGCUGCUGAUGCUCCCUGAGAACGGGCGCGUCUACCACCCUGGCCCAAAAAAGGCGGGUGGCGUGGGGCUGGUGAAAUCGGCCCUGGCCUUUGAGCUCAGCCCCCACUUUGAGUACGAGCAGGGGCCCAGUCAGCCCCCCACCCAUUUCCGCUGGCGGGAGAAGCGCCACGCCCUCACCAAUGAACUGCUGCCGUUCUUCCGAGGCCGAGAAGAGGACCAGGGGGCCUAG